GCAAGAUUGAAACAGUUCCUAAUUCAGGAGAUGAGCUACAUUUGAAGAAAAGGGACAUUGUUUCAAGGGUUUUGGAAUCGGGAGAGGCUGAUCCAAAGUACUUGAGAGACAUGAUCUACAGUAUCAUUAUUGCCUGAAAAGACACAACGGCCAGCGCUCUUACAUGGUUGAUUUAUAUGCUCUGCAAGCAUCCUCAUAUACAAGAAAAGAUUGCAAAGGAAGUUAGAGAAGCAACAAAUCUGAAAGACAAUUCAAGCAUUGAUGAGCUUGCAGCCAGCCUUACUGAAGAAGCGCUUGACAAAAUGCAAUAUCUGGUUGCAGCCUUAACUGAGACAACCAGGCUAUACCCUGCAGUUCCAAUGAACGCGAAGAUUUGUUUUUCUGAUGAUACUUGGCCAGAUGGAUUUAGUGUCAAAAAAGGGGAUAUGGUGGGAUACAACGCUUAUAGCAUGGGGAGGAUGAAACAUCUAUGGGGUGAUGAUGAUGAAGAAUUUCGGCCUGAGAGAUGGCUCAACGAAAAUGGCCAUUUCCAGCAAGAAAGCUCUUUCAAAUUCAAGGCCUUCGGUCGCGGGUCCAAGGAUUUGUCUAGGGAAGGACUUUGCUUAUAAAGUGACAACGAUCUUUUCUGCUGUG